UGGCUGAAAGCGGAACGAAGACAGGAACAGCUGAAAAAGAAAAACAAAGCCACGACGACGACGGCAGAACCAAAAUACACACAAACUACGGUUUUAAAUAUUGGUGACAUCGUCGAAGGACGAGUAAUACCGUGUAGUUGAAACCAGAUUGGAAAAGGUCUUUACCAGGAGUUUUUGACUGCUGGGUACCUCCAUAGACCAGAAAAUGGGACGCAUCUUCUUGGAUCACAUCGGAGGGACGCGCCUCUUCUCUUGUGCCAACUGCGACACCAUCCUAACCAAUCGGUCUGAGCUCAUCUCCACACGAUUCACUGGAGCCACAGGCAGAGCUUUCCUCUUCAAUAAGGUGGUGAACCUGCAGUACAGCGAAGUUCAGGACAGAGUGAUGCUCACCGGCAGGCACAUGGUGAGGGACGUCAGCUGCAAGAACUGCAACAGCAAGCUGGGCUGGAUCUAUGAGUUUGCCACUGAGGACAGCCAGCGGUACAAAGAAGGGCGCGUCAUCCUGGAGAGGGCGCUGGUGAGAGAGAGCGAGGGCUUCGAGGAGCACGUCCCCUCAGACAACUCCUGAGCUCUCGACCCGCUCACACCCUCCUGCUCCUCUCUCUCUUUUUUUUUUUUUUUUUCUUCCUUUCCGCCUCUACACUGCACAUCACCACCUGCAGACUUUGGGGCCUGUGCUGUUCCUAAAUUAUCCCUGCUGUUUCAACUAAGACUUUUGGAGAUUCACAGAAAAAAAAAUGGUGUGCUGGAAAGGAACCCACCAAUAUAUUCACAAGACCCUCACCACAGAUGUCCCCUUCACUCAGCUGUACACGUGCGGUCACUGAGUUUCCAUUAGAAACACGGAUGUCAGCUUGCCAUCUCUGGAUCUGGAGAUAAGUGGAAGGAAUUCUGCUGAAUUCAGAGAGUGCUGGUCAUAAUCGUUCAAACGAUGCAUCCCUCUACUUCUUAGUUUUGUGGUAUUUGUGCUCCUGUGUUGUGGAACUACCACUGAAUGCAUUCAUGAUACCGAGAUGUUUAUUCUGUAUCAGUUACAUUAUUCUAGUAGCUUCUAGUUUGACGAUUGUAAUAUAGUUUAAAAUCUCUGUUUUCAUCCAAAUGACACAGUGAGGACUGCACAGAAUGAUGUCAUAUUGUAAUAUCUUUACGCCCAAUAGGAAUCCAGCUCCUUCUUUGCUUAUGUACAUGAUUUGAUCAUUUAGGUGUACAGGGGGCGUCCUUCGCAGCUACUGCUCACAGUUUUCAGCUGUUAUCCUGGAUUGUGGGCUGGUCCGUUAGCAGUGUAAAAAGUGCAGUUUCCAAGGACUGUAUUUUAAGAUGACAUCCCAGGAUAUUCUACAAAAACGCAGAACUUUUUGCUCCUUUUUGGCACAAGAUGUCUGCCAUUUCUGGCAUCAUGGUGACCCGCUCUUUAUAUAAUCUACUGCUUUUGUUAUCAGAUGGCUUGUUUCAUUAAACCAAAAGACAGGCAAGCUUUAAUGGGGUCCUUAGAGCCCCCUUUUUUGGGGACUAGACAGUAGUUUGUUUUUAUUGUCAAAUUUUAGGGAUU